AUGUCAAACAUUUCACAAACAGCACGUCGGCUCUUCCGACCGCAAACUCUUUCAGCAUUUAGGACAUACUCGCCCGCAGCGCCAAUUGCGCGUCUUCACCAACAAGGCGCAACACGGUCGGCAGUGGUUCAUGACCAAGCACUUCCUAGUCAAACAGAAACACACCCAUUCCUUUCUCAGGCACAAACACAACCACACCAUGAAUCAACAGCCCUCGACACUCUCGUUUCCCAAAUCCCACUCGUCCAAACACUCCGCGAAACCCACAGCACCUACAAGGAAACCCGUCCCCAUCUCGCAAUCCCAGCACCCAUCCGACAGCACCACUUUGUGGGUGGAAGCUUGGCUGGACCAGGCAAGCUUGCAUUCGCACCAUACAUGUGGCUAUCGACUGGCAAAUCUGGACAAGCCGAAAGUGAUGAGCAAACCAGCAACGUCGUCUCAGUCUUCCAUAUCGGCCAGAAUCUCUGUGGUCACCCUGGCUUUGUCCACGGUGGUCUUCUCACUGUUCUCUUUGAUGAGGUGUUUGCUCGCUGUGUCUCUGCAGCCUUCCCCAGCGGGCUGGGUAUGACGGCUAAUCUCAAUGUGGAUUUCCGAAAGCCAGCUCUCCCUGACCGGAUGUAUGUGCUGCGUACAAAGACGACCAAGGUUGAGGGCAGGAAGGCUUGGGUUGAAGGUCAAAUGACUUAUCUUCCUUUGACCUUGCCACUGUCUGCGGACUCGCAUAGCAUCGUUUCUGAUGCUAGCCUGCUGCGGGAGGACAGUGAAGGUGCAGUAAUGGUUGCUGAGGCUAAGGCUUUGUUUAUUGAGCCUAAAUUUGCGGAUUCUAUGGUGUCGAUUUAUUCGAACUAG